AUUAUUACAACUGCUGCAAAAAAGCAACUGCCAUAUCUGUGAAAGUCUCCAGCUAUACACACUACUCACGUACAGAGUACGGUUUUCAACUCACGCCAAAACUCAAAUCUCUUCUCUCACCAUUGAUCAAACCAACAAAAAACCUUUUUUGCAGAGCAGAAGCAUAUUUCCUUUGUGUUUCCUCUCUCGUUUUUCCACUCUCUAUUUCCCUGUAAUUUGUUGUCUCAUUUCUCUUCAGAAGUUGAACAAAAAAGGUUUACCCACUUUAGGAAGGUAUUGUGCUUCUGCUUCUCGAAUGUUCUAUCGAAGAAUCAGAGUCGUGUAUCAUAGUCUCUCUUUCUUCAAGUGAUCAGUGGCGACACUGACAAAAAAUUAUUGUUGAUGGCAUCAUCUGACGAAGAGGGUGAAAUUGUUCCAAACUGUAUAACAAAUUACCAUUUCGUUGGCUGCAAUGGAGAACCUGUUUCAUUUUCCAUUUUGCCUCUACAGUGGGGGGAGGAUGAUGAUGAUGAUGAUGUAAUUGGAGGGGCAGUGAAUAAUAAUGUGGAGAUAUAUUUGCGUGGAACUGCAGAUGAUGGUCUUCAGCACAUUUAUAAGAAGGUUCUAGCUUGGAGAUUUGAACUUUCUUAUGCCCUGCCUGAAAUUCAUGUGCUUUCCAAAGAUAAAAUUUGGAUUAAACUCCUUAAACCUCGAAAAAGUUACGCAGAUACUAUCAGAACAGUACUCAUCACAGUUCAUUUCCUCCACUUUGUGAAGAAGAAUCCAGAAACAUUUGGAGAGAUUGUGUGGAAUCACAUUGGGAAAAGUUUCAGUGCAUACGAGGUGCUACCUUGUAAAGAUGAUCUACUAGAGCAUAUGCCAACAAUCAGAGAAGCUGCAAGGAGGGAUAAAGAUAUAUCUAGUUCCAAGAAUUUGAAUGCAUUUCUUUUGGAGACAUCACAAAAGAGGAUAGACGAUAAUGAGUGCAAUCGAGCAAAAAAGAGACCCCACUUUGUUAUUGAGACCAAUAACGAUGCUGAUAGUGGUACCAAUGAUGAUUCAGAUUCAGAUGGAGAUGAAGAUGAACAAUUUGAUCAUGUUUGUGCUCUUUGUGAUGAUGGGGGAGAACUUUUGUGUUGUGAAGGCCGCUGCAUACGAUCUUUCCAUCCGUCCGUAGAGUCUGGAGUUGAAUCUUCUUGUGAAUCUCUUGGUUACAGAAAUCUACAAGCAAUCCAGACCUUCUUGUGCAAAAAUUGUCAAUAUCAACAACAUCAAUGUUUUGCUUGUGGCUUGUUGGGGUCAUCUGACAAAUCAUCUGGUGCAGAGGUCUUCCCUUGCGUUUCUGCAACUUGUGGACACUUCUUUCAUCCUAAAUGCGUCUCAGUGUUACUUUUCCCUGGUGAUGAAUGUCGAGCCUUAGAGCUGCAGAAGCAAAUUGUAGCUGGAGAAUCAUUUACUUGCCCUGCUCAUAAAUGUUUUGUCUGCAAGAAAGGAGAGGAUAAAAAGACAAUUGAGAUGCAAUUUGCAAUUUGUAGACGCUGUCCAAAGGCAUAUCAUCGCAGAUGCUUACCAAGGUUUUCCUUAUUCCUACUGUCUUGAUUUUGAAUGCUUUGAUCAAAUAUACUAAUGGCGAAAG